CUUGUGUCUUUUUCAACCACCGGAUAUGGUGACAUUACUCUUGCGUUGUUCCGGAAUUUUGUGUUAUGAUUAAAUAUACAAUUUUUUUGGCACGUAGCGAGAAAUUUAACUAUUAACUUCAUAAUAAAAUAUAUUUCAAGGUAUUUACAUCAAUUUCAUUAUUUGUCCAAUACAAAAUGGGUGCAGUGGAAGCGCAUAUGGAGUUUCUCAUGCCUCCCGGUGUUAAAUUAUCAUUUCACAAGGUAUUGUAAUAGCUUUUGCCUGUUUAAAUAGAUGGCUCGUGGACAACAAAAGAUUCAGUCGCAACAAAAGGCUGCUAAGAAGGCCCAAGAUUUGAAGAAACGUCAAAAUCACGAUCAAAAAGCAGCAGCUCAAAAAGCUUUAACUCACGUUUGUAGCGUUUGUAAGGCCCAAAUGCCUGAUCCUAAAACCUACAAACAACAUUUCGAGAAUAAACAUCCCAAGUCUGCUUUGCCGGAAGAAUUAAAGGAGGUUUAGCUUCGAAGAAAAAUUAUUGAAGUCAUAGCAAGCUUCCACAUCAGCAUUGAAGUCAUUUUGUUUGAGACCCAUGAACAUAUGUCAUAUGUCACUCAACUAAUCUUAUUCUGUUUAUCAUAGUAUAUACGUAUAUCCAAUUUCAGUUAUCCCGUUGUCAAUUUACAGUUUGAAAGAAUCAUAAUUUUCUAUUUCAUUCAUAACUGCAAAGUGAUAUACAAAUUGUUAACUAUUUUUUCUUUUGCCUACUCAAGUUUCUUAGAAUUAUCGUCCAUAUAAUCAUUCACUUUAAUCUAUUUUUUUGGAAAUUUUCCUGUCAUUCACCUCCUAUAGGAACUAAGUUGCCAUCAAAACAAAGUUUCAAGGGAAAAUAAAUGAGAUAUAUUUUCCUUAUUCGCUUUUCCGUAAAAAAUAAUUCCGACCUAUUUAACCCAUUUCGAGCAAAUAUUCCCACUGUGAAAAGUAGCGAACGAAAGGAAGGGGAAUAACAGCGUGCGUAAAGUAUUUUUUUGUAGACGUCGUCUAAUUUUAACAAAUAUGAAGAGUGUACAGGAAAAAACAUUCUAUUCGUAUUUUUCUUAAUAUUCGUACGUGAGAUACUUUUUACGGUAGAAAAUAGUAAUAAUGUAAUAGGUCUUGUAUUUUCUGCUUGUUAACUUAUCAUUAGUUUUUCGAGGUGUAAAGUAAGAAGAGUCUCAUAUAGAUAUAUACAGUAUACAGUAUAUCAAUUAGUACAUAACUAUAGGUAUAUUCAGUAUAUAAAUUUAUAUAUACUGUAUACUGUAUAAAGUAUAUGUAAUUAAUAGUCUUCUCUACAUGUUUAAUAGUGCAGGCGUAUAAAAUUAAUACCACAUUUACGCUGCCUAAUAUUUUCCACUGGAAUUUUUUAUAUCUCGUUCAGAAUUCAAAUGUAGGAGAAAAUUGUUAAUAAUUUACUAUAAGCAUAUAUACAUAUAUUGUAUAGGCAGUAUUUCGUCAAGUACAAUAUAAAAGGGUAUUCUAUUUAAUGAUCAAUUUUUACAUUAAAAGCUAUCUUCUCCCUUUUAUUGUUUUUUCCUCCUUUUUUCUAUAUUCUGUGUUUUCAUUAAAAGUUAAUGAUAAGUUUUUAUGCGGGAUUGUUUCUGCAAUGGUUUCUGAAUUCUAUUACCUAUGGUUGGAAUUUCUUAUUCUCUUAUCCUAGUAAACUGGUAGAAAUUUAAAUUUCUUAGAUUUUAUUAAUUGCACUUGACAAUACCGCUAAUUAAUCUAUUAGAAAAUUAAUGUCAAUGAAUGAAAGCAGAUAAAACUUAUUAUUGUCUUAGGAUAAUGUGAAGGUUGUAAUUCAGGAAGAAAUAUUGCAAUUUUCCUGGAAUUGCUGUUGAUAGUUCUAUAGGUAAUUCGUAUUUAGGAACGAAAUGAUAAAGGGUUAUGGUUGUUUUACACUCUCUUGUUCGCC